UGUGAAAGUCGACGGUACGGUGAAAUUUUGGUGAAAGACUGAAGAUUGAAGUACAUUGCGGUUUUGAGGCGACAGUUCACUUGCCAUAGCUGCAGAGAAUGUGCCUUGGAGUGGCCACAUUUCCAGGUUUUUUCGACAACGAUAUGUCGCACUGAGCGACAAUUUGAUGAGGAUCUCGGUUAGCGCUGUGGUGACGUGGACUGGUGCAGCGCACAAAUAGUAGCAGAAAUUGGGUGAAAGCCCUGAACUGACAUGUCAUAAGGCAGAUAUGACGAAUGAGACUUCACAUGGUCACUUAGACUUCAUCAACCACGUUGAACCACAGCUCAGCUUCCUUAGAGAGGGAGAAUCUAUCAUUGCGGCAGGAGAAUUAGUAUGUCACCUGAGUGACUAUAGGCGCUGUUUGCUUGUGGUGUCGCAUGGAGGCAGCAAUGGCACCAAUGGCAAUGGGCACCAUCACUCCAUUGUGGGCAUACACUAUUGCCAGUCCAAAGAGGAGGUGUCAUUAAGUCUACACUUGCCUGUCCAUGAAGAGCUCAAGAUUAACUUAGUUGGCGAUGGUGAGGUGCAGGUGACCAGUAGCAACCAGCAUGACACCGAUGCAUAUUACUUCAAGCCAUGCACCAUCCAUGAAUUGUGGAAAAUCGUCGCUAAGCUGUUCCAGGUGGUGGAAAACCAUGCUGACAAUGACUGCGAGUCACAGCCUUGGUACAAGCACUACCAUGGUUUCCUGACACAGGAAGGAAUCCUACUCAAUGAAUGGACCUCAAUCACUGAUACCAAGUCUGGCUCUGGCAGAGAAUUGAGUGACAGCAAGGGUGCGCUCAAUGCACAAGUUCGCGUGGUACUCUCCAGGGUCAUGGGACGCUACGAAGCUGAAGAGCUAGAGAACUUCUCCAGCAAAGCUCUACGUGAGCUCUGCGAGAAAGAGAUGGGCCGGUGUCUGGUGGAUUUCCGUGGGCACAUAGACAAUCUCAUCUUGGAGUACAUGGGCCGUGCUGAUAAGGCCAGCGAGAUCUUCGACUUCCUCUACUUGGGAAGUGAGUGGAAUGCUUCCGACCUUGACUUCAUGAUGGAGAACAAUGUGAAGAAAAUCCUUAACGUUGCUGGGGAGAUUCAAAACUUUUUCUCCGGCAACCUAACCUACCACAAUAUCAGAGUGGAUGAUGUACCCAGUACUGACCUCCUACGGUAUUUUGAGGACACAUAUACAUUUCUCAAAGAGGCUAAGACUAGUGGUGAUUCUGUCUUUGUUCACUGCAAGAUGGGUGUUAGUCGAUCAGCAACCGUGGUAAUUGCCUUUGCAAUGAAGGAGCAUCAGUGGAGCCUACAGGAGACACUUGAUUAUGUGCGUCAGCGUAGGGCUGUUGUGCAGCCCAACAAAGGAUUCAUGCUGCAGCUACUGGAGUAUGAAGGCAUUCUUGCUGCAAGGAAUAACAAGGUUUGGGGACAGCAAGCUUCGCAGCAUGAACCUAGUCCUGCAAAACAGGUCCCAACCUGCUAGUGCAGCGGUUUUGCAUGCGAUUGCUCAACUGCACGCUGCAGUUUCAAGUAUGGGCAUGACUUGCACUAUUCAAGUAUGGGCAUGACAAGUAUGGGCAUGACUUGCACUAGCACAUGAUUUAUUUAUCUGUGGCCACUUUCAUGUUCCCUGUCAGCUAUUUUGUUGUUGUCAUGGUGGCCCCCUCAAUCUUCAAUUCCGCCUCUCUCUCUUCCGCAGUUUCCCUGACUUGUGGCCAUCCUCCGUUUUGUAUUGUUGAGCAUGAUGCCAGACCUAUGUAGCCAUAUCUCUCCUCACCGUUUGUCGUCUUGGUCAGUGCAUUUGGUACUGCUACUGCUGCUGCUGCUGCUGUCGCUAUGACAUAUGACACUGCUGUGCAUCCGUACGUUGAGCACCCCGUUGGUAGACAUUUUAUAGUAUUUUAUAGAACGAACCAGCUUACCCAUGCCUUAAACUAGACGAAAGAACGAUAACAACUUGUAUUCAUCACUGCCUUAUGCUGUAGAAAAAAAACUUAAAGCACACACACAGAAAAAUGUGCACGUGUGUGCACUAAUACCUCGUGCCGUUGCAGCAUGCAUUCAACAUA